GCUCCUGUGACUUCCGUUUUACUUUAUUUUUGACAGAUGUGUCGAGUUACACCGUAUUGAAUAUGGCGACUGAGGCUGAGGUUAAAAUUCAGGAUAGCAGUGAUGAUGAUACUGUAAGUGGGAUUUAUUACGAUGCCAUAUCUACAACCUCAGCUCUAGACUUGACUGAUGACUCCACUGAACCUGAUUCUCCAAGCCAUGAGGAACCAGUGACUGUCACUAAUUUCUUUGAAGCAUCUGUUGAGACAGUCAAAGAACAUGAAGAAGAUAUUGAUUCUGAAAAUUUAGUAGAAUUAAAGAUUACAGAUGAGGACUUAGAGGAGGCACUUAAAGAGUUAGAUUCAACUGAACCAGAACAGUCAAACAUAGUUAAACAGUCAGAUUACACAAAUGAAACUGAACAGUCAAACAUAGUUAAACAGUCAGAUUACACAAAUAAAACUGAACAGUCAAACAUAGUUAAAGAGCAAGUUUAUGCUAAUGAAAACGAACAUUUAAACAUAGUUAAACAGCCAGUUUAUGCUAAUGAAACUGAGCAGUCAGAUUUAGUUAAACAACAGUCAAAUUCUAGGCCUCUUUCUCUAACAGAUUCCAAGCUUCUCAAUGAACAGUCAAAUGUAGUUGAACAGCCAAUUUACACAAACGAAACUGAACAGUCAAACUUAGUUCAACAAAAGUCAGAUUUAGUCAGUAGUGUAAAACUAUCAUUUGGUCAGGUUGGUGUAAAAGGACAAACUAGUAAAGUUAGUGUUAAAGAAUUGAGUAAGAAAUUUAAAGUUGAAGAUGACACUGGCGGUACAUACUGUUUAGCAAAACCUGUUAAAUUAGACACAGACCAAUAUUGUUUGGCUAAACCUGUGACUGAAGACCCUGACGGAGAAGGUUACAUAAAGGCAAACAAAGUAAACAAAUCAUUGGUACGAAAACCAGCGAAAUACAAAUAUGACCCACCGUGGAAUAACGAGUUUCCCAUGGUUAUGGUUCCUGGGAAGGUAGAUCAGGACGAACAAAAAAUAUCUCAAAAGAAAACUAAAUUAGUUCAAAGAGAGGAACAAAAUGAAGUGUUUACAGAAGUGAAACCUGACUUUGUUACAAGUGGAGAACUAGGGAGAAGUGGAAAGUACAAUCAUUUAUUUGAAGGAUCAGUAUCAGAAGAGCCAGCAAUGAGUAAUUUGUAUGGGAUUUAUACUUCUCCACCAGAGGAGGAAACUGACCAACCACAAGAAGAAGGUGUCCGUACUAGUUCUAAAGCCAAAACAACACAAAAAGACAUACAGGAUGCACAGAGAGUUCCAGCAUUACCUAUACUGAUAUCAUCUGGAGUCUAUUCAAAUGCCUAUGAAGGUAACAUCACCUCCAGUAUGCGUAGUUCAGCCACAAUACGUAGCCAGGAAAAUCCAUACGAAGAUGUUCAUAGUAGAGCGAGUGAAGAUGUCGGCUGGAAUAGUUCUGAAUUUGAAAGUUCUGGGAGUGAUACAGACUUUGAGAAUGCUCCUGGACCAGAAGAUGCCAUAUUUGACAAGCCAUUACCACCUACGCCAAAAGAACUGGCAAAAUUAACUCCUGAGAAAGUAAAGAAGAAAGAAGAAUCUGCAUCUUCUAGUGGCAGAAUAAGUCAGAUACUACCAGUAAAGGUCAACCUAGAGAAGCAUCCACCUCCUUGUCUUCCACCUGCUCCGGAGAGUAUGGAAAAUCAUCAGAUGAAAAGAAGAUUUGCCAUACAGUCUCUGAUAGAUAGUGAAAAAUCUUUCAUAGAUACACUAAGGAGACUCUCUGAGGAAUACAAGGAGCCUCUUCUAACUACAUAUGGGUUACAAGGUAGUAUUGUAGAUGUCAUACUAAGCAAAGCAGAACAGAUCUUAGAUAUCCAUAAAAUGUUCCAGAUUGAGUUAGCUGAUAAGGUCAAAAAUUGGGACAAGGAAGAAGAAAUUGGAACUUGUUUCAUUGGAUUUUUUUCCAGAGAGAUGGUGAUAGAGUUAUACAGUGGCUAUGUCAAUAACUUCUCUAGCGCUAUGGAAGAACUAAAAUCAUUACAGAAUACCAAGCCUGCAUUGGCAAACUUUCUUACUGAAAAAGCAAUGAAGAGUCCAGAUAGACUACCACUAUUUGGGUUAUUGGUCAAACCAGUACAAAGAUUCCCACAAUUCAUCACAAUGAUGCAGGAUUUACUGAAGUAUACUCCACAUCAACACCAUGACAGGUCCUCAUUACAGACAGCACUGACUGACCUUGAAAAUGUGGCACACAAGUUGAACGAGUCAAAACGUCUGGCAGAACAGAAGCUUCAGGCAAAGAAGGUGAUGAAAGAACUGAACAUCAAGAACCUCAGACCAACACUAAGAUUAUUGAGACAAGAUGACUUAGAUCAGAUCUGUGAAACGGGGAACAAUAGAACAAAGGUCAGAAGACUUUUCCUUACGGAUGCUUAUCUUAUCUGUACCACUGUUACAACCAGGGAACAGGAUGGAAGACCAGUGGAUAGGAUAAGAUCUAAAUGGGCUUUACCUAUAUCAGAACUGGAACUAAAGGAUAACGCUAUAUCUCCUGAAAUGUCCUGUUCUGUUAAGUCCAAUGGGGGCAUACUAAGUAUACAUACAAGAAAAGAGUCUAUCUACCAGGAAUCUGAUCCCCUGAACCUUCAGACUGACCUUGAUGAUAUGGUUUAUGAUUAUAAUAUAUUAAGCCAGAUAUCAUCCUUAGUGUCUACACUGAAAUGUGCCCAUGAUAAUCUAUCUGAAGAAACGUGUUGUGAAGUUAUCAGUGAUCUUCAGAGAAAAAUACAAGUUAAAAACCAACAAUUACAGAUUAUCAAUAGUUGUACUGUUGUUGUUGAACAUACCAAUGCUACUAAUAACAAGAAAGAAAGACAUACAUUCCAGACUAUUUCUCCAGAACUGAAACAAGAAUGGUCUACAGAUUUCUUACUAUCAAAGCUUGCUUUAGAUCCUAUCAACAACCCAUCAUGGACAUCAUUAAGCCUUGGAGAAGAUGUAACUAUGCAACCAGCUUUGUUUAUGAAACAUUUACCUGUAGAUAUGCCUAGAUAUUUUACCAAGAUGAAGUGUGCGGUGCCUGUGUAUCUAGCUUCACAUGGAUCUUCAGACAUUGGCAUACAACAUUUAUGGGUUGUUAUGACAACAGAUUUGAGAACACAGGUGGCGCUAGUGUCAGUACAGAAUACAAGGCCCUCAUUGGUGGAAUCCUUUCAAGCAUGCAGUGAGGAAGUGGUAGCCGUGGAAACAGUUCCAGGUUAUGCUGUGAAGGAGAGUGGUGAUGCUUUCAUGGAAGAUACUGUUUGGAUGUCUACAGUCAAAAAAGAAGUGUUAAUAUUUAGUGUGUUCAAUGAACAAGGAUUACGAGAUCAGACAAAACUGAAUCGUGUUCCAAAGAAAAAGUUUCACUGCCAUGGGAUAGGUCAACAGAUACAUUAUACAAUAGAGAGAGUAUUUAUAGGAACAGACGAAGGAGUACUGGUCAUUUAUGACAGGGAUCAAGAAGGUGUAUGGAAUUUUGAAUCCCCCAAUGUUGUACAGUUGGCCUCCAGUCCUAUAAAUAGUAUCAUUACACUAGACGAGGAGGUCUGGGUGGCAUGUGGACCACACAUAUACAUUAUACCUGUGGAAGAAUCUUGUUAUUUAAACCAGGUAGAAAUGGCUUGUAAAGAUGGCGGUGAUAUUUCCCACAUGGUGAGAUCUGGAGUAGGACUAUGGAUAAGUCACAAAGGCAGCUCUUCUAUACAUCUUUAUCACAUAGAGACCCAGAAACAAAUACAGGAAAUUAAUGUGGCUCAGUCUGUUUAUGUUCUAGUCCAAGCAAACACUGACCAGUCAUUAGGACAGGAAAGCAGUUGUGUUAUAAGCAGUUUAAUGGUCAGUAAAGGGUUCCUCUGGGUCGGAACCAGUUCAGGCAUACUUUUGACAUUCCCUUUGCCACGUCUCAAAGAUGGAGUCCCAAUAAUUAGUGGCAGGCCUUUUGUGUCAUAUCACGGCCAUAAUGGACCAGUCCAAUUUUUAAUUCCAAUUUAUUGUGGGACUGUAAAUUUGUGGCAUAAAGCCAAAGGAUUGGAUUACAACAGUACAGUUGAUUUAAGAAGACAGGUUAAUUUGGAAUCCGACAAGAAACCAUUGGCUGAUUUAAAACAUUAUGAAUCAAAGCGUCAUUCUGGUAGUGAUCUGGAAAAAACAGUAUCGCAAAUCUCAUUAGAAGGAGACUAUAUAAAAAUGACACAUAAACCAACACCACCGGAAAAACCUCUGAAAAGUUCAAAAACAGGGGACAAGACUUUAGGAGAAGUUGACAAGGAAAACAGAUUGUCAAGGUCGGCAGAUGAUAUAACAAAACUGUUACCUUCCAAAACUGCUGAAGUGAGUUGUCAAAGGGGGAAAACAUUGAAAUACCCAACAAAAUUAGCCUCAAGACAAAAUGUAAUGAAAACAUUAGAUCCUUCUAUGGGUACUGGUGAUGACGAUGUCAAUGAAGUGUACAGAGACUUGAUGAGAAAUGAAUCAAUGACAUCCCCGGUAAAACCAGUCGUUGAGAAGCAAACCAGAUCAUCUAUGAGGAAACCUUCCUUUAACUCUUUCAAACUAGGAAGUUCUAAAAACAGAAGCACAAAACAUGCUUCAGUCAGAGUAUCAACAGAUGAGCCUAAGUUACGUGCCCUUGAUACAUUGUCAAAAAGGGGCUGUAACUCUGUUAUGAUUGUAAUGGGAGGGGAUGGUUACAUUGAUUGGAGAAAAAAAUCUAAUUCUGCUUUUAAAAAUUUAGAAGCUGCUUUAAUAAUAUGGCUUUAUAAAUUUUGAUUAUAAAUACAAACUUUUCUUACCAAAAUGUUUAAUUUAUAGUUGAUUCUGGUAAUUAUUGUAUAAUCUAUAUCAAGUUUUAUGGAUUGUUAUAAAUCUCAGAAAAUUAGAUUAAGGUGGUACCUAACACUACAGGGAGAUAACUCUGUAAAGUCAGCUAAACGUUUUAAUAACGUUGUGUUGUAAAGAGAAUAUUAAGAUUCUCAAUGAUCAAAAUUGGUGUUUGUCAACCUGCUAUAUAACCAGUGUAAUUUUUCUGACAAAACAGUUGGUUAAUUUUUUUUAAAUUUUUUAUAUUUUUGUUAAAGGGUAAAAGUAAAUACAUUAAUUUGUCAAAAUUUUAUGUAAAUUAAACGAGCCAAAUUGAUUUUAGUGAAAGUGUUGGGUACCACCGUAACUCUGUCUGUUGAUCUACAUUCCUUGACCUUAACAUGGCUGUAUUUUUCCUGUUAUUAUCUUGCAUGCAGGGAUGCUUAUUAGAUAGAUUAAAGUUUUGUACAAAAAUCUCAUUUUGAAGGUUUCUUAAUUAGUGUUAAGUUUUUGUAAUAAGGCCAGUUUCACAAUUACGUUAGUAAUAGACCAAAAAUACAUCUUUCUAAUACAUUAUUUAAACAUGUGCAUGUCUAUUUUACAGGGUUUAGUUGACUGUACCCUAAUUUUCUGUCAUUGAUAAGUGUUCUGAAUAGAUCAGUUUCUUAGUUAUUGUAAGUAGUAGGUCUACUUACUAUUUUUAUCUAUUGUCAAAUGUACAUUAAAUGUAUCAGACAAAAAGUAUUUAAAUGCCCUUGACCUCAUUUGAAUGGUCUAUCUAUCAGUAUUAAUUUUUUUGUGAUACAAUAAGCAAAAUCAUGAUCUUUAUAAUAUUAUAUUUGUCUUAUACAAAUAUUUGUUCUAAGAAUCUUGUUAAUAUUACUUCUAUAGCUUGCUUUUCUGUUUUGUUUCAAUCCUCGCUUUCUGACCAGAUUAAUUUUACAGACAAAUUACUGCAUGUCUAGUUAAUUUUUCUUUAAAAUUAGUACAUUUUUUGUACAUGUAAAUUUAUUUUGACAAAGCCAUAUGAAUUUUCAUGAAAUUGAAUUUUCUGUCAUUUUGUCUCAGAAUGUGAAUGUUUGGUUCUUUUGUCUCAGCAUGUUUUCAAAUAUUUACAGCAGAAAGUGUUCAAAUGUGAUGUAGUAUUAUCUUAAAAUAUGUAAUUAUAGUAAUGAAUAAUUUGUUUGUGGAAUCUAACUGAAAUGACUUGUAAUGUUUGUUAUAAUUGUCAGUUUUUUCAUUAGAAGAAUUUUAUUUAUCUGUCCAAAAUUCUUUUAUAUAAUAUUUUUAUUAAUUUUUAAGUCUUUGCAAGCACCUGUUUAGUUUUUUACACCACAAACUAUACUAAACAAGCCAUUAUUUGAACUUGGAAUUAUUAUUAAUUAUGGAAUUUGCAUAAUUUCUUGUGCUUGAAAUUUUUAAUGAAUUCCAUGUUUAUUCUGUAUUAUAAUGUUCCGUGUCGUUCACAACGCUUUCUAUUACAAAUAAGAUGGUAUAUUUCCAAUAGAAUGUACUGUGCCGCGCACAUCACUAUCUAUACAAAAUACCUUGUGUUCAAAGUGUUAUGCACAGCUCAAAACAUUAUGAUACCAAAUAAACAUGGAAUUUAUCAAAAAUUUCAAACACAAGAAAUUAUGCAAAUUCCAUAAUUUAAAAUAAUUCCAAGUUUAAAUAAUAGUUUGUUACUUGUUGUUACCAUAGAGAUUGUAGAUGUAUUUUUAAUUCUGUAUGUGCACAUACUGAUAACAUGUUUUGUUAUGUUGGAAUAUGAAAACCUUUUAUGUAUAGAUGUAAACAAUUACCACUACCAUACCUAUGCAUAUUCAAGUCAAAAAAUUCCCAUUUGUUGAGGUCUUUGUAUUGAUGAAAUGUUAUACCAUUUCUUACUAAAGGAGUAAUUUAUAUGUUUAUAGUUUUGAUUAAUUAAAUUACCCCUCAAAGAAUAUGGAAUUAUAGCAUUUUAAAUGAGGCUGAUUUACUGCAGAUGUAUUGUCAGACAUGGGACUAUAAAAAUACUUUUGAAUAAAAAGUCAAUACUAAUACAUUCCAUGAAUGGCUUUUCUGCAUUUCUUAAUAUGCAAUUUAUUUUUUGAGUUAUUAAUUAAGAGAACAAACUAUGGUUAAAGUAGAUGGCUUUAAAUCAGUACUACCUCUGUAAAUAAAAAGAUUAAUCAAUGCUUUUCAAACAUUCCUCUUUCAUUCAGCUCUUAAAUUAUUCCAUUUGAUGAAUCUUUAAAAGAUUAAUUUCACAUUCAUCAAGACCUUUAAAACUAUCUAUAUAUAUAUGCUUUAAAUAUUUACUUUUAUUAGCAUUGUGCCUAAAAGACUCUAAAAGUUUCAGGGACGUCAUAUUACUUUUACUUCAGCAUUCUAGCUUCAAGAAUGUCACAAAUAAUCAUAUUUUGUAGACCUUAAUAAUGCCUUAGUGAGUUUAGAAUAUUACCAUUCAUUAAACAGUUUUUGAUUUGAUGGACAUAUGCAGGAAGCAAGGACAGACUAUCAAUCUUUUAAACAAUUGUUACAUUUCCUUCUGUAGCAUAACUUUAUAUAGAUUGAAAGUCCUUCAUUUUCAGGCAUGAUCCAAUGAAUUGAAUUAAUUAUACGGAAUACAUGUAAAAGGUUUUUGAUAAGAUGAAUUUUAAAAAGUUUUAGGAGAGAUAGAUAUUCCACAUUGAUAUAAAUGUUCUCAACUGUUUUAGUUUGGUCAUAAAACCAUUAAAAAAUAUCUUUGUUAGUAGUAUUAUAUUGAUUUUAUAUGCCCAAGUCUUGUCAUUAACUUAAGCACCAUUCACAAAGAGAAAUAUGCGUCAGACAAAAAAGCCAAGAACUAUUGGUCAGCUUCAUGCCUAAAUGCCUAAUAAACAAUUUUUAUUUAAAAACAAUUCAGGGAUGCUUGCAGUUAUCCAAAAUAAAAUAUGUGUCAUAAAGGCAUGAAAAAACAUACUGCCUCAUGAACAAUUUAUAGUUUAAAAAAAUCAGGGAAAUGUUGGAUCAUCACUUCACAGUUUUGACCAAUUUAUUUUUAAAUUGAUAGGAUAAAGAAAACCCUGUAAAAUUUUGCAAAAAGUAGGUUUGAAUUUUGUAAAUACAUUAUAUACUGUAAUAUUUCAAAACAUUUUUUUUUGUCAAUUUGUAAACAUUUUAAUUAUCUAGGCAUCUUAAAUGUAAUAACAAAUUCAAAAUUAAAUAAUUAUAAGAAUUAGUAAAUUUUUUGUUAAUUCAAUUAUAUUCUUUGCUUCAUCCUUAUUAGCAUAUUUUGGUUUGUUUUACAAUACUUUGAAGGAAGAAGUUGAUAUAUAAGACUUGGUUUGAUUGAUAUAUAAGAAAUAAAGAAACAUAUUUGUUCAAUGAAUUGUAAAUUGUAAGGUAUUCUUGUCUCAUUCACAAUAGUCCCCCCAAAAAACUAAUGUUAUUCAUUGUUUUAGCCUUUUUAAGAAUGGUGUGUUUUGUUUUAAGUGUUUCUUGGAAUUUCUUUGAUGUUUAUAAAUAUAAAUUAUUGUGUCUAUUGAUUUAUGCAUUGAGGUUAAAUUUCUUAAAGAUGCCUUAUACACUGUAGUACAAAAUAAACAUAGUUUCCCCUUUAAACCUCAAUGGAUGGUGAUUUUGGUCAAUUGAAAAUAUUGUAAUAUCAAAGUUGUAGAACAAGCAUUAGAAAAUGUAAAUAUUUCAGAAAACAAGACAAACACCUAAUUUUGAUGAAUAUAGAAAAAUAGAAUUUGUACCUUUGUACUAAUCAUAUAUAUUGAAACAAAUAUGAUUAAGUAACAAAUUGAUUAGAACAGACCCUAAACUUACAAAAGGAUUAUUGUUAAAAGGAUGUUCAUCUCUUUGACCUAAAUUCAGAACACUUUAAGUAAAAUCAUAUUUGUAGGCACAUAGUUAGUAAGAAAGGCUCUAGUCUUGAUUAAAUUGUUUUAAUCACUUUCUUUCUUCUUUGUUUAUAAUAUUUUCAUGUAGAGAUGUUUUUGGUUUAUGCUCAGAAAUGCCAAAUUUAAGCGGUGAUUGAAGAUGUCAUUAUUUGUUUUAUUUGAAGUAGGUGCCAUUGAUUUUAAGUUUAUUUUAUUGUUAUUUAUCAUUGUUAGAUGAACUUUUUUAGGUAGUUUUUUUCUCUUAAGGUGGUACCCAACACCUUGACUAAAAUUAGUUUGGCUUGUUUAAUAUUCAUAAAAUUUUGAAUAAAUAUUUACUUUGACCAUCUGACAAAAAUAUAAAAAUUUCAAAAAAUUUGAACCAAGCAUUUUAUCAGAAAAAUUACACUGGUUAUAUAGCAGUUUGGGAAACACUAAUUUUGAUCAUUGAAAAGCUUUUUAUUCCCUUACAACACAACGUCAUUAAAACGUUUAGCUGAUAUUACAGAGUUAUCUCCCUGUAGUGUUAGGUACCACCUUAAAGUGAGAACUUUAGAAAAAAAAUUGUUGGAGACUGAAAUACUAACUUAUUUUUUUUAAGAAUAUAUGUGAAAUGGAAUUUAUGAGUAUUUAGAACAGGAUGCAUUGUUUUAUACACCAAAUUAAGCAAAAUGAACAAUACAAUAAUCAAAUGAAGUUUUGAUUUUGCUAAAAUUGAAACAUUCUUGCAGAAUAAAUGAUUUAUCAAUCUAAACUUCUUAUUAUUGAUUGAAUAUGUGUCUUCCGGGAAGUUUUACACUCCUACCUAGGAGUCUACUCCUGUAUUUGGAAGAAGAAGAAGAAUAUGUCAUUAAUAAAUUUAUCAAUUUAAAUCUGACUAUCCAACAUAGAACUUUAAAUGAUGAAGGAAUAUAUUUUAACUUUAGCAUUCCACUUAUUUGUUCAUAUAGUAACUAGGAACUUGUAUAAUGCUGUAAGCAAUAAUGUGUUUUUUUUUCUAUAGGCAAUAAAAUAUUAGUUAUGAUAAAUUGUUAUAUCUUUGAUUUGUUAUUUUUAGACAUAUUUUAACAUAGUUUUAAUUGUAAAGAACAAAGAAUUUAUAUUUAUAUUAACUGUGAUACAUAUAUUAAUAUAAUAAUUUUUUUCUGUUAGAUUUUAUAAAUAUUUUGUAUAAUAUUAAUAAUUAAUGAUUGUGUGGUUUGAUAACUAGCAUGAAUAUUGCAUAAUUUUCGUUUCUUACUAGCAUCAACAAUAGUGCAUAUAGUGUUUAGUCCUAUCACUUUUGAGUACGAUAUUUGACUCACUGAGAAAUCAACCGAUCAAAAAACUGAAUUUGGUGUUUCAAACACAAAUUUUGCUCUCAAGAGUACUGAUUAUAGCUGUAUAACCUAAAGGACAAGUUUAAGGAGUAAGACAAAUAUACAUAUUGAACCUUCUUCAUAGUCUACACCAAAACAUGAACUAUCACCAAAACAUGACUUUUCAUAUGAAUAAACUCAAUAUAGGGCAAACACACUGACUUAACGGAGUAGGUCUUGUAAGACCCCUUUUUGGCCUCAAAAUAUAGCAGUUUUACAAAAUUGUUAAAAUGUAAACUUUUGGUUAUUUAUUGCAAAGUAGAAUGCUUAUGCUUCAUAAAUAUGUUUUUU